ACUAGAUCUCCAUCCUUCACUUAAACUGAUUGAUCCUUAAAAACGGCCCCGUCAAGUCAUGUCGGUGGCCACAAGAAACCCGUUUGCACUCUUGGACGAUGACAGGCCAUCCACUCCUCCACCUCCAGCUGAGCCUGCAGCAGCAGCACCCGCUCCACAACAACAAACUCGUACUCGUGGACGUGGAGGCCCUGCAUCUCGUGGUGGUAGAUACUACCAGCUCGAUGGUGAGCGCAAAGAAGGCCGUGGAAGAGGCCGCGGUCGUGGUGGUGACCGUGGUGGUGAUCGUGGUGGCCGUGGCCGUCCAUUUGACAGGCACAGUCAAACCGGUAAAACCGACUCUGACAAAAAAGUCCACAACUCUUGGGGUGGCGACGAUGGCGAAACAGAGCGAAAAGUAGAGGAAGCCGCUACAAACGACGCUCUUGCAGAGAACACCAACGCUGCUAGCGGUCUAAAUGACUGGGCUGGCGGAGCAGCUGAAACCCCUGCAGACGACUGGGCUGCCACCACAGACGCUCCUAAAGAUGACUGGGCUGCUCCUCCCGCAGCAGAAGGUGGCGAAAAGCCUCAAUCCGGCGAAAAGCGUGAAAGGCGCGGUGACAGAGAGGAAGAAGAAGAUAACACUCUCACUUUCGACCAGUACCCUCGCACAACAGCGCGAGAAGGAAAACGCACUUGUCCCCAAGCCAAAUCUGCCCCAAAGGCUCGCACCAAGAAAGAAGAAAAGGUCUUCAUUGAGAUCGAAGCUCGCUUCGAACGCCCAAGCCGUGGUGGUCGUGGCGGUCGUGGUGGAGACAGGGGUGGCGGAGAGCGGAGCCGUGGCGAGAGGGGUCGCGGCCGUGGGGGACGUGGACGUGGUGGUGCGAACGGUUAUUCCGCUCCUACCUCAUCUGCCGUCAACGUGGACGAUGAAACCGCAUUCCCCUCACUCUCAUAGGGGAAUUGCUCGCGCACAAUAGGCGCCCCCAAGAUUGCAGAAUGUGAUGGCUUGAUUUAGUGUAUACUGACUGAGAUUGACGCCUGCUGAUUACGCCACAUAUCAUUUUCCCCGAUUCGCUUUGUCUGUUUUGUCUUUUUUUUCCCUCUGUCUUUCUCGAGGUUCAUGCAAUUAUUUUGCCAUGAUGCAAACACGAAA